GGACGCGGGCGGUUGCGCGGCCCGAACCGAACCCUCAAACCGGGCUGCAUCGCCUUGCUCCGUGAGGAAACAUGGCGGCCCUGACGACCGUGGUGGUGGCGGCUGCGGCGGCCACGGCGGGCGCGGGGGCGGCGCCCGGGCCCGGCGUGGGAGCGGCGUCGUCGCCACAGAGUGAUGGCUGUCUGGGUGCCUUGGGUGGAAUUCGGCCUCAGCUGCAGAACUGGAAGCAGAAAGUUAGUCGCAUGAAGAAAGCAGAAUUCCUACGCACAGCAGAAAAGUUAAAAAAUCAAGUUAUUGUCAUAGAAAAAGAUAAGCACAAUCAUCUCUACAACCAAAAGAGUGACUUCAGAACUGAGCAUAAUAUGCUGGAAGAAUUAGAAAACAAAUUGAUUAACAGCAGGAAAACAGAAAGAGCAAAAAUCCAGCAACAAUUAGCCAAAAUACACAACAAUGUUAAGAAACUUCAGCAUCAGUUACAAGAUGUGAAGCCCACCCCUGAUUUUGUUGAAAAGCUCAGAGAGAUGAUGGAAGAAAUUGAAAAUGCAAUUAAUACUUUUAAAGAAGAGCAAAGGCUGAUAUACGAAAAGCUUAUUAAGGAAGAGAGAACAACUAAUAAUGAGCUGAGUGCCAUCUCACGAAAAAUUGACUCCUGGGCUUUGGGGAAUUCAGAAACAGAGAAAGCUUUCCGAGAGAUCUCAAGCAAAGUUCCAGUAGACAGAGUGGCAGCAAAUACUCUUCCAGUGGAAGUGGUGGAGUUUGAAAAGUUCCUGCAGCAGACAGGAGGGCGUCAAGGGGGCUGGGAUGAAUAUGAUCACCAGCACUUCCUGAGGAUCCGGAACAAGCAUAAAGGGAAGCCCGCCUUCACGCGGGAGGCUCUGCAGCAUCUUCCCGGAAGGACGCAGGGUGAGGUGGAGCAGCAUGAGCAGUGGUACCAAAAGUUCCUGGCGCUGGAAGAAAAGAAGAAAAAGUCUAUUCAGAAUUGGAAAACUAAAAAACAGCAAAAAAAGGAAGUACUCCUCAAGUCAAAAGAAAAAUCAGACACUGUGCCUAUGCUGGCUCAUAAUAAACCAGAAGCUAAUGAGAAGCAUAAAGAAGAUCAAAGAAAGAGACAGAAAAUGGCAAUUGAAGCUUGGAGAAGACAGAAGAGCCUGGAGAUGUCAAUGAAGUCUGCUUCCCAGCUGAAAGAGGAGGAGGAGGAGGAGAGGCGGCAGCAGAAAGCACGCCAGCGCCAGCUCAAGCUCAAACUCCUGCUGGAAAGUUACACCCAGCAGAAGAAAGAGCAGGAAGAGUUUUUACGGCUUGAAAGGGAGACAAGGGAGAAAGCAGAAAAGGCAGAGAAAAGGAAAAUUGCUGUUGAGGAAAUUUCCAGGUUUCAAGAAAGAGAUUUACACAAACUUGAAUUGAAAAUUCUAGAUAGACAAGCAAAGGAAGAUGAAAAGGCAGAAAAACAAAGAAGACUGACCAAAUUAAAAGAAAAGGUUGAAAAUAAUGUCAGCAGAGAUCCCUCCAGGCUUUACAAAGCUACUAAAGGCUGGGAAGAACGAACCAAAAAUAUAGGACCAACAGGCUCCGGGCCACUUCUGCAUAUCCCACAUAGGGCAAUUCCAACUUGGAGACAAGGAAUAAAGGGAACCACCUGAGCCAAUAAGAAUCACUGUCUGCAGAAGGUAGCAGUGUGUUGAGUUACACACCGCCAGCCAGGUCAGGUUGGUGAUUCUGCACGCGUGAGUCAGGGCUGUGCUCUCACCAUUUCCUGUUUCUACUGAGGAGUACUUAAAGUAUGCAUUGGCCUCUUGUUAAUGUCAAAGUUACUUAAAUACAUUUGUGUUACACUAUUCCAUUUAACUACUCAAAACAUUUCAGAGAUUUGGGGUUCUUUUCAUGGCAUUGCAAAAUAACUUGAGAUAAUCACAAGAGAUUUUUUUAAGCCAAAUUUUUGUAAGUUUUAUAACUUGGAAGUAAGUUAGCGUGAGUAACAAAAGCAAAAGUGAAGUGUCUUUUUUUUAAGUGUUAGGAAUUGAUUUAAUACUUUUUCUACUUUUAACAAAUGGGCACUUUGUCAGUGAUUACAUUUUUGUGUAGAAAAUACUUUGUUUGAAGCAUGUUUUGUUUUCUAUAGGUAUUUAUUAAAACAAGAUACCUCUCAC